AUGGAGGUACCUGAGACGCGGCAGUCUUCAAUAUAUGUAUGUGUGCGGGUUCGGCCUUUUUCCGAGUCCGAGUCGCUGCGGUUGGCGCCCGAGGUUGGCGAUGAGUUUGAUUCUAUGCUGGAUGAUUCGAUGAUGGGUGGAGAAGUGUCUAUGGUAGUUGGGCGCGGGGAUUUUGUUGGCGAGGUUUCUUUUACUGAGGACAAUGGGAGAAAACACAACAGGCGUCAAUCGUUGGCUCCGCGUCGAAUUCACAAGAUUGUUGAUUGUGUGGAUGACAAGAUGAUAAUAUUUGAUCCCAACCACCGGAAUCCACUGUACAAAGUCAAGGAGAGUGUACUCAACUCCAUGUAUGGAGGAGCGAAUAUGCGUGGGUCCAUUGAUGGCGAUAUGCUUAUGGGAUCAGAUGCUACAGCUUCGAGAAGGUUCAAGAGAGCAAACGGAAACUCUGCAGGUUCAGAGAUUAAGUUUGUGUUUGACAAGCUUUUUGACACUGAUGCUACUCAACGCGAAGUGUAUCAGAGCACCACUAGCUCACUAUUGGACUCAGUAUUAGAUGGCUUCAAUGGAACAGUUUUUGCAUACGGCGCUACAGGAUGUGGUAAAACUUAUACAGUGAGCGGUACUCCAGAGAACCCCGGGAUUGUGUUUCAAGCAAUGGAGGAACUAUUUCAAAAAAUGGAAGACUUGAAGGAUACAAAGUCUUUCCAGAUAUCGCUAUCCUUUCUGGAAAUUUACAAUGAAAGAAUCAGAGACUUGCUAAAACCUGAGACGCCAUCGCAGAAACUUAUCAUAAGGGAAGAUACUGAUAAUAAAAUCACUGUUGCUAAUUUGUCUCAACAUUUUCCAACCACAGUACAAGAAGUGAUGGAUUUGGUUAUUAGAGGAAACUUCAAUAGAACUACAUCGCCGACCGAGGCCAAUGAAGUCUCGUCAAGAUCGCAUGCGGUGCUACAAAUACACAUAGUGCAGAAAAACAGGACACCGGAUAUCAAGGAAGAACACACAUUUGGCACUCUCUCGAUAAUCGAUUUAGCAGGGAGCGAAAGAGCUGCGGCAACUAAAAAUAGAGGUGCCAGAUUACAUGAGGGUGCUAAUAUUAACCGGUCGCUAUUAGCGCUGGGAAACUGUAUCAAUGCUCUGUGCAUAAACGGAAACGACGAGCGGCCUCGCUGCCACGUCCCAUAUCGUGACUCAAAGCUUACUAGGCUUCUCAAGUUCUCAUUGGGUGGGAACUGUAAAACCGUUAUGAUAGUCUGUAUUUCACCAAGUAGUUCUCACUAUGAUGAAACUUUGAAUACACUAAAGUAUGCUAACCGAGCUAAAGAAAUAAAGACAAAAAUCAUAAGGAAUCAACAAUCAUUGAAUAGACAUGUCGGGUCCUAUCUGAAGAUGAUCACAGAACAGAAGAAAGAGAUAGAAGAACUACGCAGUAGAGAAAACAAAAUGAUCCAGUUUCAGUUGGACAAAUACAAGUUAUCCCGACAACAAAUUGCCGUUGCAAUUACGGAUUGUGUGAACAAUGUCCGCUUUCAGUAUACCCAAGUACCAAAAUUUCAAAGGAUCAAAUUAAUCAAAUCCUUAAUCCUUUGUAAGAGACGGUUUUUACAACUGGUGCUGCUUGAGAUGAAGAAGUCUCCAAUACAACGGGAGGACAGUUCCGGAGCAAUGGCAUCUCUUGAGGAACAAAUUAAAAGAAAGAUCAAACAACUAGAGAACAAAUUCGACUCGCCGGAUGAGUUAGACACUGUGAUCACAAACGCAAGGACCGUUGACCUCUUAAAAUUGCGGGAGAUGGAAAACUGGGAUGACAAAAUCGACACUCUGACGCUUGAGUUAGAGCUGGAUUACGUCUCUGAACAGUUGCGUAACGAUAUUUUAAUCACCGCUUCCCAAAUGACGGAAAAGUUAUUCGAUGAAGACAGCCCGUUGCAUAAGGUAGAGCUAGAUGUAGAAGGCCUCAUCAGCAUAGACCGUGAGUUCGAUGAGUUCGGCAAACAAUUCCAAACAGAGCAAGGUAAAAAACGGAUAGCUAGCAAUGACGACCCCAGAGAAAUGGAUGUAGAUAGAAAAUCCUUACUAAAACAUAGGCUAAGAGAAAGUGAUUUAGAUAUUAAGUAG